UUUAUUCAUUUAUUUUUUUGCUUUUUGUAGAUGCAAGGGAAUUUUCGGCAGCAACCUCCUCGCCGGCCCUUCUUCCCCGGAGCCCGAGUUCCGUGGCGGCCUCAAGGACCUUGUUACCCCCCUCCCCCUCAGCCCCACCUGUAUGGAUUCCCUCCUCACGUUUUUCCUUAUCCCCGGCCCUACGGCGAUUUUGCGCCUCGCCCCUUUGCCAGAGGCCCAUCACGCCUUAGUCUUUCUCAGCGAAGUCAAACAGCAACUCCUCCCCCAGUCACCAGUUCCCACACAACUACCUCAGUGAUCUCCCCCUUCAAAUCUGCUCCUGUCCAAGGCACUGCUACUGCUUCAUCAGCAAGUGUCUUGACUUCUACGAUUUCUACCACUUCCCAAAUGACAGCAGUUUCUGUUCCGUCCACGUCGGCUCCAGUGUCCUCAGUGAUCUCCCCCUCUAAAUCUGAUCCUGUCCAAACCACUGCUACUGCUACAUCAGCAAAUGUCUUGGCUACCACUUCCCACGUAACAGCAGUUUCCAUCCUGUCGACAUCGGCUCCAGUCCAAGCCAAACCAGGAAGAGUCUACACUACUUCAAAGACUUCUGCUGUUUCUUGCUCCACUGCACAAUCCAUGGAGUCCAGGGUGACACGUUCACGUUCACAGGCUACAACCAAUCUAGCGCAGAGUUCUCCCAUCAUUAUCGAUGAUGAUGAUGAUGAUGGCCCUCCCUCCCCUUCACUCCCCUCAGAUACUGAAUCAGACUUUUGGUCCAGUUUAAAAAGGAGGACAUCUGCUCUGAGGAAGGACAUUGCCAAAGGUUCAGGAGAUUCAGAAUAUGACCCGGAGGAUGACCUUCUUGCAACUUUUCCCAAGGACUCUAAUUCAAGGAAAAACAAAAAUGCAUUGAAGAAGGUUACUAAAGACUCAGGAGCAGCUGGCCGCUCAACCCGGAAACGCACUGAAGAGUCAACGGACAAACCUAAUCGAAAGAAAUCCAAAACUGUGACAGCCGAGAAAAAGUGUGAGAAGCCACUCUCCGAUGAUGACGAUUUCCAAUCACUAAUCCUAGAUAUUCCCCUGAUUAAGAAGGGACCUGUCACUCAUGAUUCACUUGUCCAGCAAGUUAUCGAUUACCAUAGACCAGGGGAAUGUGAAGAAAAAUAUGUACGCAAGGUACUUGGUAAUUUAUUCGACAGUGCUAAAGUAAGGUGGGCGGACAUCUGUGGACUUAGAGCUGUGAAGCAGCGCUUGAAGGAAAUGGUUGUAUACCCCCUUCUGAACCCACUUCUAUUUAAAGGCCUUCGAAGACCUGGAAAGGGGCUCCUGCUGUAUGGGCCCCCUGGAACAGGGAAAACUAUGAUUGGAAAGUGCUUAGCGACAGAAGGGAAUGCGACAUUCUUCUCUAUUACCACAUCUACAUUUGGAGCUAAAUAUUAUGGAGAGGCUGAGAGCAUUGCGAAAGCGUUGUUCCAGUGUGCAAGUGCCCUGCAGCCAUCUAUUAUAUUUAUUGAUGAGGUGGAUGCUGUUUUGCACAAGCCUAAUGACAUUGACAGUUCUGUCGUCACUAGGCUGAAAACAGAGUUAUUAUCAAGAAUGGAUGGAUGUUCGUCAAAAGCAGAUGACAGAAUUUUAGUGGUUGGGGCUACAAACUGGCCCUACCAGAUAGAUGAGGCGGCACGUCGCCGUUUCACUAAGCGCUUGUACAUACCUCUUCCUGACGCGGAGGGCAGGAAAGAGCAGUGCAAAAGACUGCUGCGUGGGGAAUCACAUAAUUUAACCGAAGAUGAUUUUGAUUGUAUCGCAGACAUGACUGAGGGCUACUCAGGCUGUGAUAUCAAAGCGAUAUGUGAAGAUGCUGCCAUGGCUGCCAUAAGAAUGAUUGAUGACACUGAGGUGUCUGUGCGUCUUUUGGAAGAAAAGGAUCUAAGCCCCAUCAGCCUGGCUGACUUCCAAGAUGCCAUCUCUCGAGUGUCCAAAUCAGUGAGCCCCGAACUUCUCCUGUCACUUCAAAAGUUUAGUGAAGAGUUUGGCACUCAGUAGUAUGAAUGAUACAUAAUUAUUAGGUUUUAUAAUUGAAGUAUUAAAAGCAGGUGAUAUUUCAAUGGAACAUUGACAGCGUUACUUUGUGAUUGUUAAAGCUAGUCAGGUUUUCAACUGAUGUGAGUGAUCUUGGUGCAUGAGGAAAGUUCAUAAAGUUACAUGUUGAAUAACAAUGUCUUAGAAUGAUGGUAUCGAAAACAUGUCAUGUUUCAAUCCCCAUUUAAUGUAGCUUACUUCCAAGAAGGUAUUUCUCUUGUAUCUAAGACUGUGAGCUUAUCAAAAAAUAUUAGGCUUCCUCUCUCUGUGACUUUUGU